AUGACUUCUAAAUCCAACGCAGUUCAAGAAGCGUACAACGCCGGAGUCUUCGAAGGCAACCGACAUGCCUUAUACAGAGACAUUUUCAGAUGGUCGCAGGACCUGCGCAGAGGAGAGCAAAUUCAUAUGAACAUUGCUUCAAAACUCGACGAUUUUUCCAAAGGUUGGCGGACGGGCCAGUUGCAGGAUAUUGCACAAUUGAACCUCAAAUCCGAUUUUGAUGUCCAACGCUAUAUCUGCCACAAGGUUGAGCGAUUGUGUGAUGUGAUGGAAUGGGUGGCUGAUAUUCUCCGGAGACGACUGGCUACUGAGUGGGAUAUUGCGGAUAUGUUGGUGGCGAUAUCGGUUCAUGUUGGGAGGAGUCGAUAUUUGUGUAUGCGGACUUCACUGCCGGAUCCGUGUGCGGAUGGGUUAGAUGCUUUUGCGGCAGAGGAGCAUAAGUUUUGGUGGAAGGUUCAUAGGAAUUGGUUUGUGAGGGAGAUUUCUUCGUCCUUGAUGGAGUCGAUGGGUUGUCGAUGCUGUCGCUGUGCGGAUGGGGUUUGA